CUGGAGUCUCACGACGCUUGAUAGGGCAUACCAAAUGCAGGCCGCAACGAGAGCAGCGCCGCUCAUUGCUCGCUCCACGACUCGGUCGCUCGGCGCAAAUCUGUUUUGGUGCAUUAAUGAUCUUUCGGCACACAUGAACGUAUGACGCGACAUUCACGGACGGGCGAAGAAGAAAAUGAAAAUGAGGUCAACAGUUUUGCCCUCGGCGGUCCGACCCUGAGAGGGAGAGGGGAGCUUUCUGCACGGAGGCUCCAAGAUACCAAGCUUGCUUCAAACAUCUUCCCAAGUCCAUAAGACAUCGAGCCACGGGGCCUCUCGUCUCAUCUUUUGGUACCAGACGGACCCAGUUCGAGUGACUUGAUCUCAGGGACUUUACUGUGUGCACGUCCUUGCCUAUAUAAACAAGUGCUCGAUUAUCUCACACUCUCCGGCUUUCCUCGUUCUCCGCCUGUACACCAUGUCCACCUCCUCGGGUGCCUCCAUCAUUGAAUACACGACAACAAAGCGCAUCCCCUCAAAAGAAUUCACGGAACAUGUAGAACACGCCCAUAAAGACGGUAGCUUCGUCUCGUCUGCGUCCAUGGAGCACUAUACAAGAUACCCGAACCGGUGGUCCAGAGUUCGAGAGCUCGUCCGGGAAUAUGUCGCCGAGUUCUUUGGCGUCAUGAUCCUCAUCAUUUUUGGAAAUGGAGUAGAUUGCCAGGUGGUGCUCACCGGCAACACGGCUGUUGCACCCAGCCCCAAAGGCGAUUAUCUGUCGAUCAGUUUUGGAUGGGCAGUCGGCACCGCCCUCGGUGUAUGGGUCUCAAGCGGUAUCUCUGGCGGGCACAUUAAUCCCGCUGUCACUAUCGCACUUGCUACGUUCCGUGACUUCCCUUGGCGCAAGGUCCCUGGCUACAUCUUCGCUCAGGUUAUGGGCGGCCUUUGCGGAGCGGGCAUCAUUUAUGCGAACUACAUCCACGCCAUUGACCUCUACGAAGGUGGCAGGCACAUACGCACUGUCCCCGGCACUGCAAGUCUGUUCUCCACGUACGCGGCCAGCUAUAUGACAUCAGUCUCCUGCUUCUUCGACGAGUUCGUCGGCACAGCAGUGCUCCUGAUCGUAGUUUGCGCGCUCACCGACAGAAACAAUGGCCCUCCACCCGCAGGCCUGGUCCCCCUUGCGCUUUUCCUUACGAUCCUAGGCAUUGGUGCAUCCUUGGGUUACCAGACCGGUUACGCCAUCAACCCUGCUCGUGACCUCGGCCCCCGGUUACUGACUGCCAUGGUGGGCUACGGCGGCGCGGUAUUCUCCUUCCGAAACCAGUAUUGGCUCUGGUGCCCGGUCAUUGCUCCCAUCGUCGGUGGCCUCGUUGGCACAUUCCUAUAUGAUGCAUUCUUCUUCGUCGGCCAAGAGAGUCUCCUCAACCGACCUGAUGCCAAUGCCCGGAGGGCUCAUGAGCAAGCCAUUAGAGCGGAAAGGCAGAAACCCAUCGCGGGCACGCAAGGCGUGUGAGCAAUAUCAUGAACAGUACGUAUAUACACGAAGUGCCACGAGCUUUCAGUUCGUCAUCUAUGCUUUCAUACUACGAUCAGAUAUAUAGCAGUAGCAAGGAUUGUACAUUAUUCGGUUGUUUGGUCGAUGUUGAUGACAGUCAGAAGACCGUUUAAUCGAUAUCUGCUCAUCAGAGUUUCAUAGUGAUCACUGGGUACUUUUUGCAUUCAUCGACGACAGGGACGAGCGGAACGUUUACAACGUUGCCUUCCCGUUUGCUCCGGAGGAAAGAGUGCCUCUGGAAGUCGAGGCCAUGUCAAGACACAAGAUCAGAACUCUCGAAGCUUACAGCUUCCGUCGACGUUUCUAGUCCAGUACCUCUCAAGCUAUUCAAUCUUCAUUGUCCAAGGCGCGACGCGGAGAUUUCAGUGACAGCACAAUG